AUGUCAGGAGGUUUGAGGCGGGCUCGGUAAUUGAUGGGUGGGAAACGCGUACUGGGUGGACACCCUCGCUCUCGAAGUUGCUUUUAUUCGUAGACAUAACUAGACAUGUCAAAAACAAACACAGGCGCUGGAGUCAGUGAUACCAGUAAAUUGGUACAAAAGUUAUGUUAUCAUCUGUCAGGAAAAAAGAAAGAGGAUGCAGCACACUUCUUCAGAUUGGCUGUGCGUAUGUUAUUCCAAACACCUCAUGGUGACACAUACAUGGAGGAUGAGUACAGUAUUACAGAGAGUAUAAAGAAGAGACUGGCUCAGACAAGAACUGAAAAGGAGGUGUACAUGUUCAGUGAUCUCCUUCGGAAAUUACAAACAGAGACUGUGCUAAAGAAUUACCGAGCCAUAUUGUCAUUUCUAAUGCAUGUCAGUAACACGCCACAGAUAAGUCACAAAUCUUCGUCAUCACCAUUGAGGGCAGGAUUGAAUACCUCAGAGUCAGACUCAGCAGAAACCAUUCAACCAACUUUCUUUGGUCUUCCAAGGCUAUCAUCAUCCUCACUUUCUUUAUCAGAGGCAGCUUCUGGUGUACCUAUUCAUGUGAUAUUGAGUAGUGGCACAGAUCAAGAUUGGCAUAAAGACGAUGGUGGAGUGGAAUGCAGUAGUCAGAGCCAGCAGUCAACAUUGCACCAGAGUUCUGGAUGCCAUGUUCCUCCUAAUGCUAGCCUCAACAAAUCAGUUUCCAGUGAAGUACCAGAGUCACAGCUUCUGCAGGAGUUAAUAUAUUCAUUUCAAGGAAUAAAUGGCAAGUUUCUCAAAUUAAGCCCAGUGAGUCAGGGCUACAUACUUGAUCCCAAGGUACGAGUGAAGCGGUCUGUUCGUCGGUUUGUUCUGCGGCUGGCUGAGCUGGGUUGGUUGCAUAACCAAGUCAGACAACACUGUGAAAAUGCUGCAGCUUCCAGAACUCUGGGUCUCAUUGGUCAAAGUCUUAUUGCAGCCUUAAGAGCAGAAUUGACUGAAUAUUACCGCCUGGUUGCCAUUUUGCAGUCACAGAUCAAGCAACAAAUAGACACAUCUGUGGACUCCCCUCUGUGUGAAGAGCAGCCAUUAUGGCACACAGAAGGACUUACACUAUGCAGACUGGCUGUGUGGACCUUUGAACCACAAAGGCAUAUGAAAUGUCUGGCUGCAGUGGCUGAAGCAUGUAAGAAUAAGAGAGGAGGAGCACUGGCAUCUUGCGUUCAUGGUUUCUUGCAACAUGGAGAUCCUGUUACCCGGGAUACGGUGAAAAGUUUGCUAAGAGCUGUGUGUAAACCAAUGUACAUAAUGUUGAGUCGCUGGAUUCUUGAUGGGGAGCUGGAGGAUCCAUAUGGUGAAUUUUUCAUUGCUGCUGACCUAGAUGUGAAGGGCAACCUUCUGUGGCAUGAAAAAUACCGUGUGCUGCUUGAAUGUACUAGUGUGGAAGCUCUGUUCAUGGCUGAUCGUGAAGGAGAUCUCCAGUCGAUGAUGGACUCAGCAUACCUUGAAACUUCACGCCGUGUAUUAGAUGUUUUGACAGGGCAAUACAAGUUCCUAGACCAUCUACAGGCAUUGAGACGUUAUCUUCUUCUUGGACAAGGAGACUUUAUUCGUCAUCUGAUGGAGCUCUUAGAGCCUCAGUUGAUCAAACCAGCCACACAGCUCUACCCACACAAUCUUUCUAGUAUAUUAGAAUCAGCAAUAAGGGCAACCAAUGCUCAAUUUGAAGAUGCAGAUAUCUUGAACCGACUUGAUGUUCGAUUGCUGGAGCAGUCCCCUGGUGAUACUGGUUGGGAUGUGUUCACUUUGGAUUAUCAUAUAGAUGGACCUAUUGGGACGAUCUUUGCUCGAAACUCUACGGCAUAUUUAAUGCUCUUCAACUCUUUAUGGCGAGCUAAACGUAUGGAAUGGAUCUUGUCAGUCAUGUGGAAGCGACAGAUCACAUCUGCCAAAUUACUGCGAAAACUUCCAGAAUUGGGUCCCAUACUCCAGCAGGCACAUCUGCUGACAUCAGAGAUGGUCCACUUUAUCCAUCAAAUGCAGUAUUAUAUACUGUUUGAAGUGUUGGAGUGCUCAUGGGAUGUCCUCAUCAAACAAGUUCAACAAGCAGAAGCACUUGAUGACAUCAUUUCUGCUCAUCAGAACUUUCUGCUUGCUGUCAAAGCAGGGGCAUUGUUAGAUGAUAAUUCACAAGAAUUGGCUACUCAAUUGCGCACUGUGUAUGAACUGAUUCUGCAACUCCAGACUCAUGAAGAGGAAUUGCAUUCGAGGUCUCUGGCCGAACUCCAAGCACUUUUAAGGCAUGAAGAACUGGUGGAGGAAAGGGGAAACCAAGGCCAGUUUGGGACAUCAACCCAUGAGGAAGAACUGAACCAAAAGCGAAGCCAGGACUUCAAACAGAGAUACAUUCCCAGUGUUCGAACACAGUUGAGAGUACUGAACAAAAGCUAUCAGGAUGUUGUCAAAAAAUUUCUUCUGAUGUUGGCUAGCCAGUCAGAUGUGAGUUUACAGCUCCUGAGUUUCCGACUUGAUUUCAAUGAGCAUUACAAACGACUGGACUCUCGUCUUACAGUCCCACUCACUUACCAGCAUCGACGCAAGAGUUUGAUGGGAAGUGGGAAGAAUGUAGCAGGAACAUCUCAACAGAAGGUUAGAAUCAAGUGACAAUCAGCCCACGGAGCAGCUCCACAGCCGAGUAGGGCCAUAGCUCCAGCUGCAAUGGGAAUAGAGCCCAGUAGAAUGGAAAACAGUAUUGUAACACUCAAUUCCAUUGGACAUAGGGACAACAAUCCAGCAGAAAUGGUUCUACACAAAGACAGUUUACACGUAAAUGAGCAUAAGAAUUUGACCCAAAUGUACAGAAUAGACAGUGUUUCUGAUACACUGGACAAUAGUGAUAAUUUCAUACCACUUCAAGAGAUCAAGGAAUCAGAAGUGGUAGGAAAUUAUAACUCCAUUGAUAAAAUGGAAAGUAGUGCAGAAAGGAAUCAUAUUUGUAGCAUAGCCCAAAUGUCUCAGCAUACCGAAGACAUAAUGUUUGAACUGUCAUCUUACUUACAUAGAGAUAAUAAUUACAAAGGCAAGGAGUUUGGAAAUAAUAAUGACAGUGAAAUAGAUACUUUUGAUAAUAGGUCAAAUUUUGAAACACUACAUACAGUUCAUUCUCAAGUGAAACCUUCUGAUGGUAGAGUAACAGUCUUUGGACACACAGUUAAAGGUGACUUACAUACAGCUGGAGAUGAAAUCCCAGAAAAUAAUAACAACCUGGAGUUAGAAUUUAAAAAUGCUGGAAAGCUCUCUGUAAUUUCCAAAACUCUGUUUUUAGUGCAGGAAAAUGACAGAGAUAAUGAAGUGUUUGAAUAUUCUGGUAAAGUAGAAGUUGCAAUUUCAAGUAAUGAGGAAUCUGGCAGCACAGAGAAUGAAAGAAUUGAUACUGUGGAUGAAAUUGGCAUUGAUUCCACCAACUUAAUAAAUGAUAGUGAAAUACAUUUAGACAACAUUACUCUCUUUGACACAAUCUCAUGUUCCGAUUUGAACACUGACCUUGCAGAAACAGGCACACAUAAGGAGUCAGAGAUUUCGUUUAGACAGAAUGAAAAUUCCCCAAGUCAUUUCAUAGUUGAAGCCCUUCCCAUGAAACAUUCAUGUGUGCAAAACAUUAUACCUAAAAUUGAAGACUGUAUUUAUAACAGGAAUGGGACAGUCAGUAGUUACGCACCAACAAAUGAUGUUAGCUCUGUUGAUUUGGAACAGUUUGUCAUAUCUGGGAGCCCUCAAAU